GACAGCCGAGCUGAGCUGAGCUGAGCUGAGUGGUACCCGCACCGAGAGAGAUAGUCAAGUGCCUGUUGUUAAGCUGUCAAAAUGAACAGCGGCGAAGAUCUGGAAUUUGUGGCCGAGGCGUGCCGCGUGUCUGUGGGUGUGGCCGCGCGCUUGCUGGCCACCCACGGCGGCGAUGUGCAGGCUGCUGUCCUCGCAGGUCUGGGUGAUCGCUCGCCGACAUCGCCGGCUGGCCACGCCACCAAGGCCUCGGCCUCGAGCGAGGACGUCGUUUUGAUUGACUCAGAGUCUGACCAGGAACGCUCGCCCGCCGCCAAACGGAGUUGCCCGGGCGUUGGUGAGGCAUCCGUACCACCAAGCACGGCUCCCACGACACAGGCUGAGGCAGCGCCCUCAACGGCAUCCCAAGUCGCGAGCGAGCACACCGUCGGACAGCUGGGUGUGGUGACCUGGAACAUCAACGGUCUCACUGAGGAACCCGGCUUGCUCAAACCGCGUCUGCGAAUGGUGGCUCACGAACUGCUCCAGCUUCGUGGGCUGGACGUGAUCCUGCUGCAGGAAAUGACCACAACGACCGUGGCCCUGCUCCAACCCCUGCUCCAGGCCCGGUUCCCCCACAUGCGGGUGGGGUCGACGCAACCCUACUUUACCGCCAUGUACAGCCGAUUGCCUCUGCUGGAGACGCAACGCCUCGCCUUUGACCGCGAGGCCACCAGCGCCAUGUGCCGCAAUCUUCUCAUGGCCGAGAUUGAGCCCCAACCAGGCACACGGGUUCGCCUCCUAACCUCGCACCUCGAAUCACUCCGACAAGGUGCUACGGCCCGCGUCGCCCAAGCCCAGCGCGUUCAGGAAGAGCUCGCGAGGCCAGACUGCCUCUGGGCCAUUUUUGGCGGGGAUACCAAUCUUCGAGUUGCCGAAACCAAGCAGCUCAGCACCACGGCCAAGCAACACGGCAUCAAGGAUCUCUUUGACCUCGCUGGCUGCCCCAAGGAGGCCCGCUACACUUGGGACAUGCAGGUCAACGAUACCUUGCACAUGGACAGGGGACCUCGCAUGCGCCUCGACCAGCUCUGGGCCCGCCCCCCUCCAGACGACGCUGGCUUUGACGUGGCCCACUACGCGCUCAUCGGGACCCGCCGUUCCGAAUCCUUUGGCUUUGCCUCGGAUCAUUUUGGCAUCUGGACCAUCAUUCGUUAUACACCAGACACCUGCAAGACUCGAAAACAGGCUGCGCCUUGA